UUGACUUUCCGGGGACGGCGCUCAUGGAGGCUCGGGAGUAGCGAGGCGUCUGAGGGGGUUCGCCGGCCGCCGCCAUGUUCGGCUGCCUGGUGGCGGGCAGGCUGGUGCAAGCUGCGCCCCAACAAGUGGCUGAAGACAAAUUUGUAUUUGAUUUACCAGACUAUGAAAACAUCAACCAUGUAGUGGUCUUCAUGCUGGGAACUAUACCUUUUCCAGAUGGAAUGGGAGGAUCUGUCUAUUUUUGUUACCCAGACCAGAGUGGGAUGGCAGUGUGGCAGCUGCUGGGGUUUGUCACUAAUGAGAAGCCAAGUGCCAUCUUCAAAAUUUCUGGUCUCAAAUCCGGGAAGGGAAGUCAACACCCCUUUGGUGCCAUGAACCUCCCACAGACACCAACAGUGGCUCAGAUUGGAAUCUCAGUGGAACUGCUGGAGAACCUGGCCCAGCAGACUCCUGUUGCAAGUGCUGCUGUGUCAUCAGUAGAUUCAUUCACAGAGUUCACUCAGAAGAUGUUGGAUAACUUCUAUAACUUUGCUUCCUCGUUUGCUGUCACUCAGGCACAGAUGACCCCGAAUCCUUCUGAAGCUUUCAUUCCUGCAAACGUAGUUCUGAAAUGGUAUGAAAACUUCCAGAGACGUCUGACACAGAACCCUCUCUUCUGGAAAACAUAAACUUAAAUUCUGUCUUUUGGGGUUCUUUCUAAAGUGUUACCUGAAAGAUGCAUCAAGUAACUACUGAAGAUUUUCGUGGGGGAGGAGGGCAAAAACCCAAACAACGAUUAGUCUAAAUAGACAAACUAGUAACUUUUAUAUUACUCUUGAACAGUAUUUAAAAUUAAAAUCAAUGAAAAUGACUAGUCUGCAUGUUGGUUUAUUUAAUUGAAGUGCUUGGCUGCAACAAGAAAUCAGUGUUCCAUGUAGAAAUACUUCUUUGAAACUGCAUUUAAAGUGGAAAAAAUUACAAGUUGAAAAAUGGCA